AUGGCUCGCGCCUUCCUCAGAUUCCGCGCCUUCGGCGCACCGGCUUGCGCGCUGGUCGGCGUGGCGGCAGCGAAGUCGAGGAAUUCCAGGGCAGCAGAAGCAGCUGACACGCGGCCGUACCAGCCGCGUUGCAGGCCAUGUUCCUCGUGCCUGUCUUGGAAGAGCUCGUUCCUCUCGCCGCACGUCCAGUGCCUCACAAGCACAGCAGCAGGACCAUCGCGAGCGCUGUAUCCGGAGCUGCAGCCCUACCAGACAGGAACUUUGACAACACUGGAUGGCAAGCACAGCUUGUACUAUGAAGUCUCGGGAAAUCCAGCUGGCAAGCCGGCGCUAUUCUUGCAUGGCGGCCCUGGUGACGGCUCCAGUUCGAAGCACCGACGCUUGUUUGACCCAUCUGUUUAUCGGAUCGUGGUCUUUGACCAAAGGGGUGCGGGGAAGUCCGUUCCAGCAGGCUCCUUGGACGGGAACACCUCCGAGAAUUUGGUCGAAGACAUUGAACAGUUAAGGCAGGAAUUGGACAUCGAGAAGUGGGGCCUCGUUGUUGGGGGAAGCUGGGGAUCGACCCUUUCCCUGAUCUACUCCACACGGCAUCCCAGCAAAGUUUCUGGUCUGGUGCUCUACUCGAUUUUUCUGCCUACUCCAGAGGCUGUGAAAUGGCCCUACAGUCGUGAGGGCGCCGGACUUUUCUUCCCAGAAGAGUACGAGGCCUUCCUUCGGGCAUUGCCGGUGGAGGAGCGUGCCACCCCCAUUGACGCCUACGCCCGACGCCUCAGCUCCAGUGAUCCUGCGGUGUGCUACCCGGCACGCAGCAGCUACACGCUGUGGAUCAUGCGACUGCUAGGUCUGCAGCCAGACGAGGACUUCAUCGCCAGCUGCGCUGCGAAGCCAGAGGAGGCUGGGCCGGGGUCGGCCAUCGAGCUCCACUACAUGAAACACGGCUGCUUUGUGGAUUCCGUCCAGCUGCUGGAGGACUGCUGGCGCAUUGCACAUCUGCCCUGCGCUAUCGUACAUGGCCAGAAUGACAUCUUGUGUACACCUGCCAAUGCGUGGACAUUGCGCAAGCGGCUUCCUCUGUCAUCCUUCAUGAUGAUUCCAUUGGCCGGCCAUUCCUCGUCGAUGGCACCCCAGCUGCGUGCCGCAGUGAUUGAUGCCAUAGAUUCCUUUCGUUGA